GGCGGUGGGAACUUUCCGUGUCAAGGCAAACUCUUGCAACGCUUUCCACAAGCUGAAUGGAAAGAUUGUCCUUGUCCAGAGGGCUUGGAGCAUUUCUGCCAACCGCAAGGAUGGAACCUCAGCUCGGAGAAGCUCGAGCCCAAGUUUUUCAUCUCCGUCCUUACCGAUAUCCACGGCCGGCGGCAACAUUUCGCCGUACUCUCAUUCAGCGAAGCCGUGUCGAAAGAGGACUUGGAGGCCAACAAGCGCGUUCAAGGCACCACGGCCGACGAGGUGGACGAGGACGAGAUCGACACCGCCCAUAGUAUGGCGUCCAUGCGGUCGCGGAACAGUCGGUCCACCUCGUUGCCGCGACAUAUGGUGCCCGGGGUGUCACUGCCCGCCAUGACUCAUGAUAGUCUACUCUUUGCUCCCAAGUGCCUGAUGCUCACCUCCCGUUACGACUAUCCCGAGUUGUUCCGAAACAUUUUGGGCGUGAUCUACACCGCCUACAGUGAGUGCCUGGUGGGCGUAGGCGGUGAGCGGAUCCGUCUGGAGACAUUGAUCGGCAACCUGUUAGGCUCGGUGUACGUCCCGCCUCCGGGCGGGCCUCAAGUGCGAUUCAGUCUCGGUGCCAUGGACAAACUCACGCUCCAACCCACCCUGUAUAACAGCGUACCGUCCACGGGCGUGAAAGUGGCCAUGCUGUUCAAGCAAUUGGGCAUCCGAAAUGUGCUCACUCUGUUCUCGGCCACGCUCACCGAGCUCAAGAUCUUGUUCUAUUCUCAAUCGUUCAAUCGUCUGACCGAUGCUUGCACGGCCCUGGUCGCGCUGAUCUACCCGUUCAAGUACUCGCACGUGUUUAUCCCUGUGCUGCCCACGUCGUUGCUCGAGGUCCUGAACACGCCCACGCCGUUCAUUAUCGGCGUGAACUCGAUCCACGAGCGAGACAUCUGCGAUCUUUUGGACGUGGUCACGGUGGACCUUGACGGUGGGGCCAUCACCAUCCCCGAAAACAUGACAAUCUAUCCCGUGCCUCAGCCGUGGCUGAGUCGUACCCUGCAGGAACUGGGGGCGGUGCUCAAUCCGGAACUGGCCGUGGCUGACAACGCCUUCCCCCAAACCACGUCUGUUUCCAAUCGGAAGCCUCUCGUGUCUUUGGACAAGGAACUCCGUGCAGUGCUUCUCCGGCUGAUGGUCCAACUUAUGGAGGGCUAUCGCUCCUGUCUGACGCUGGUGAGGAUUCAUCCGAAUCCAUUCAUAUCGUUUCACAAAGCUGCCUUUCUCGGGCUUCGAGAUGUGUGCGAGUCCGCAUUUAUGAAACGCUUACUCGACUGCAUGUUCUUCCACACAUUCAUUAGUGAGCGAGGGCCCCCUUGGAGGAACUGUGAUAUCUUUGACGAGUUCUAUAGUAACUUUGGCGAGCAGAUGCUGCUGGAGAAGGAGGACCCGAGCAGGGCUCUCACACACAUUAAGGUUCUCGCCGAGGAGCUGUUUCGAAGCGAGAACCCCUUGACCACGCUCCAUCAGUCUUUCUCUCAAAAAGUGCCUCAACCCGCGGACGGAGCCAUGUCUCGAGUGCAUCAGCCCGUGUUUCCAUCCCUGGAUGCCAACGAUAUCGAGGAACUCGUUCAACGGGGUCUCGACAAAUACUGCACCGAGUUGGCCAGUUCUCCGCCCUUGCCCCCGACUGAAAGGCUCGUGCCCAUGGGUCAGCAGAUCUCGGGCGCUGGGACGCACACUCUGGUUCCGAAUUCGGCAAGACGAUUGGGCGUGUUGAGAAAUUGCAUCUCGUCGAUCUUUGAGAACAAGAUCUCCGAGGCCAAGAAGACUCUGCCCGCCGUGAUUAGUGCCUUGAAAACCAAACAAGCCCGCCUAGUGCUUUGUGAAGAGCUCUCAGCUCAUGCCCUGGGCAAUCAAGUGCUUCUCGAGCAUCAACAGUUCGACAUGAUUGUUCGACUCAUGAACGAAGCCCUCCAAGACGACUCGGAUCUCGAUCUCCAUGGGAUUGCCGCCGCUCUCCUACCUCUGUCCGCCAUUUUCGGACGCAAGCUCUCUAACCAUGGCGUGGUUCAAUAUGCGUACACGCUCAUCCAGGACCACGCCGUGUGGCACAACCAGCAAUUCUGGGAGGCUGCCUUCUACAACGACGUACAAAAGGAAAUCAAAAAUCUAUAUCUUUACGUUGAGGAUCAAAAUUCCAACUCCAUCGGGGAUGGAACUUCUAGUCAGGAGGGGGGGUUACGUGAGAAUCGGGACUCCAUGUCCGGCUCGAGUGGCUUGUCCUUGGAGAAACACGUGGGCCCAAGUGCGCGAGAAGUCCGCAAAUCCACCUUCCUUCAGCCCAUUGAGAAAUCUGUCCUCGAAUUGGCCGCUCACCAAUUGAAGUGCGCCGAGGAUCUCGCCCAAGAGGUCCGCUCCACUCGAAUCCAAAGGGAGGAGCAGGCCGUGUUCACCAUCGCCUGCGGCUACAUCGACAGUCUGAUCUACCUCAACUGUCCGUUGGCCAUGGCCGGAAACCGUGAAGGGCGUCGGAUUCGCGACGAAUUCGAGAACGCCUCCAAUUCCGUGUCCAACUCGAUGGCUGAGUCCGACUCGGUGGACGCCGAGUCCGGGUUCGAAGACCAGGAGAUUUCGGACAAUGGCCAAUCCGUGAUCAAGAAUGUUCAACGCUUCAUCGACAAGGUAUGCUCUGAGAGCAACUUGACCGAGGGUCACAUGAGAUCCCUCCAUCACCUCAUCCCCAAUAACGUGGCAAUGCAUUUCGAGCAAUUGGAGUCGGUGGCCACACAAGCCAAGCGAUUGCCGCCCAUACAGAAACCAAAAAUCAACACUCCGUCACUCUUGCCUGGCGAGGAUCUGAUCAUCGAUCAAGGUCUGCGGGUGUAUCUCCUCCCGGAUGGCCGUGAAGACACCACCGUGAGCGAGCUCAAGUUCCUGCCAGCCGAGGGUGCCCUUUUCCUUACCAGUUACCGGGUGAUCUUCAAGGGCUCGCCCAUUGAUCCAUUCGCGGCCGAGCACACCAUCACGAGAUUCUUUCCAGUGACCACAUUGAGUCGGGAGAAACGAUUCUCCAUCAACGAGUACCUGUCUGAGAUCGAGCAGCAGCUCAAAGAGGGCAUUCAGUUACGGUCCACGACGUUCCAGAUGAUCAGGGCGGCCUUUGAUGAAGAGGUGACCAUGGAGGAGGUGGAAAACUUUCGGCGAGCCUUGAUCCGCGUUCAAUAUCCAGAGGACAUUUUCCAUUUCUUCGCUUUUCGAGGCAUCGCCAACCUCAUGGCCGGGUCUCGUCAAAAGGAGAAAAACGCCAAGUACCAUACCAUUCGAGGAUUUGCGUCCAAAACGCUGAAGAAUGUCACCAAAGUCACGGGUUACCAGAACAAGAAGCGCAAAUCCAGCAAGUAUCUCAUCCCCAACGUGAUGCCCACCCAAGGGAGACUCUCUCUCCCCGAGAUCAACCAAGAUGGUGGGCGAGGAUUCCGAGAGGAAGACGAGUUUUCGGAAUUUAGUGAUAUCUCCACCCCUCACCUGCCGCCCCAUCCCCUGUCCUCGGGUGGAAGUCUCAAAGCCGUGGAGAAACUGAACGAGAGAAGCUAUUUCAAGGAUUGGAUCCGGAUCGGACUGAUUUCCCCCGAGUACAACCUCACGGCCAAUCCGAAGGUCCACCACCAUGCCACGGAAUCCUUCCGCGUAUCCAUCGUGAACAACGGCUACCAAUUGGCCCAAAGUUAUCCGGCCCUUCUCUUGGUGCCUGCUCGAAUCUCCGACGAUUCGCUACGUCGCUACGCCCGAUGUCACAAGCAGAGUCGAUUCCCCGUGAUCACUUGGCGACACCCGAACAAUCACGCCCUAUUGUUGAGGGGCGGGGGUUACUAUGCUCGAGGAGUGAUGGGUAUGAUCCGACGGCAUCACCAUGAUGGGUCCUCGUCAAGUCAGGCGGAGAACGGAUACUACGAUGCCGAGCUCUACAUCCAAACCAUCGUGUCCACGACUCCUCGAGCAGUGCUCCGUCCAAAUUCCGCUUGGAACAUGACUGGAUCGGAGUUGUCCUUGAACGUAUUGGUGGGAGCGGGCUCCGGAUCGGCAUCUUCGGAAUACCCCUCGCCCCACAAUUACCCGACCCUCACGCCCAACAUGAGCCGGAAGUACAAUCCUCUGAGCAAGGCCAUGGACGCUGUGAGUAAUACCCUGACCAGAGGUACAGCUCCGCCCAAAUUUGGCAAGACUUCCAUGGGCAAUCUCAAAGGGAGUCGUCAUCACGGAUCUCAGAGCUCGUUGGUGGCCGGAACGCCCCAAUUGCGAUUGAAUCAUCGGGAGGGCGAGCACUCGCACGAUGUCGGGCACGUGUUUCAACAGGCCUCGCUCUACGUGUUUAUGGACAAGAGCCAGAUCAAAGGUUCCAAAUUGGACGUCCAGCCUAAAACUGAAUUUAUUCCUGUGGAAUAUCCGGAGCCUCGGCGCAUUCGAGCCUCGUUCAAGAAGCUCAUGCGAGCGUGCGUGCCCUCAGCCGUGUCUAGCCAACCCGAUCAGAGCUUUCUGAAGCAGAUCGAGGGGUCGGAGUGGCUGAACUUGCUCCAAACCUUGAUGCAGAUCGCGGGAGCUGUCAUUGACCUACUGGACAUCCAAGGCGCCUCUGUGAUGGUGUGUCUGGAAGAUGGUUGGGACAUCACGGCUCAGGUGAUGAGCAUCGCCAAGUUGUGCUUGGACCCAUACUACCGCACGAUCGAGGGAUUUCGCGUGCUCGUCGAGCAGGAAUGGCUGGCCCAUGGACAUCGCUUCAGCAAUCGGAGCAACCUGACCAAUCCGAAUCAAGACUCCGGCUUCACGCCCAUCUUCCUUCAGUUCCUGGACGUGGUCCAUCAAAUUCACCGCCAGUUCCCGUUAUCCUUCGAGUUCAACCAGUUCUACAUUCGCUUCCUGGCCUACCACUACGUGUCGUGUCGAUUCCGCACGUUUCUCCUCGACAACGAAUUCUAUCGAAGUCAAGUGGGUCUCAUGGCUCAAGAGGACCGAUCCGGGUCGUUUCCCAGGCCUUACCGCAACGUAGAUUCCCACAGUUCCGACGACGACAUGACCUUCCCGAGUUCGGGCAAGUCCAAUGGCGGCCCUCCAUUGCCCUCGGGGCAUUAUGGCGUCAACGUGUUCGACUACAUCGAGAUCCAGGCCUCCAAAUCGUGCACCUUCCAGAACUUCUUCUACGCCAAAGAACUCUCCUCGGAAGUGCUCCGUCCGUUCUCGCACGUGUCAGAUCUGGCUAUUUGGGACUACUUCACUCGCGAAGAGCUCCGACAUGGGCCUGCCUACGACUUGGAGUUGUAUAACCGUGACAUCCAGCAAGAGUCCGAAUACCAUGGCUCCGAUUCGAUCGCCUCGUCGGCCCAAGUCGAUCGAGAGCCCAUUGUGUGCGGCUACGAUUGCUUCCGAAAGGUCCAAGUGGACGUGUUCACGGACGUGCUCAACCAGAUCCACGAGCUAGAAUCCCAAUUGGGCAAUCUCAACAACCGCUGGAAGCUGCAUUGGGAUAGUCUGGAAGUGCCUCCGCCUCUCGUGCCUCGUCAUCGCUCGGUCGUCACGCCCCUGGAGGCCACACCUACCACCGCAUCCAAGCACUAUGGGCGAACCAUGCACAAGCGGUCAACCAUGGAGCUCAUCCUGAAGAGUAUCGGAGCCAAUACAUCGGCCACGGCCGCCAACGAGGCGAGCAAGAACCAAGCGCAAACUCACCGCCUCGAAAAGCACAACUUCUCCACGCCCACCUAUUGUGAGGUGUGCAACAGUUUAUUGUGGGGUCCAGUUCGCACCGGGUUGAAAUGUGCGGACUGCGGGUUCAGUUGCCACGACAAGUGCCAGGAUAAUGCCGUGAGGGCGUGCACCAAGCUCACGCGCGAUUCCACCACGGAUAACUUUGAUCGAUUGCUUCGCGAAUCCGAGAGUAGCUCCAACUCGCGCUCCGGGGGCGUCUUGAGUGGCGGGGCCGGGGGCGUGUCGGAUGCGUUUGCCUUCGAUUAUGGCCGCCAGUCCGUGUCGGAUGAGGGCAGUCAGAUCAUCUGCCAAGGAUACCUGCACAAGCAAGCCAAUUUCCGGAUCAAAGGCUGGAAGCAGCGCUGGUUCGUCCUGGACUCGACCAAGCACCAGCUUCGAUAUUACGACACCCGCGAGGACUUUCAAUGUCGAGAUAAGAUUGAUUUGUCAGAAAUUACCCGUAUCACCGAGAGCUCCUCACCGCCUGGAGCGCCCAAGAAGGACGACUCGUUGUUCUUCGAUUUGCACACUGUCAAGCGGACGUAUUGUUUUUAUGCCGACACCCGGCAAGCCACCCAAGAGUGGAUCCACAAGAUCCAGAGCUGUCUCACCACGUAGGAAAGCAGAAAGACACGCAAGAAUUGCACAUCGGCAGGCACACGGUCCAACGCGCUCUCUCAUCCUUUUUCGCAUCUCUCUUUGUCUCUCUACAUAUACUGUCAUUAUUAAUGUCUUAUUAUUAUUAUAAUUGUCUGGUUCUGUCUAGGCUAUCACGAGUUACUAUAUCUUAAUGAUUGAUCCAUAGAGAAAAAUAACUCUGUCAACUCCAUGAGUGCACUUAUUUUACAUUGGUAAUCUUCCCCCCAAAACCACUAGAGAAGAACACGGGAACACCGCAAGAACUCUAAGAAGAAUCAUUCGAAGGCGAGAGGCCAUGAUGUCCGACAUCCUCUUCGCACCCAAACAAAUAAGCAACACAUACAAAAGACAAGAAUUGUUAGCGCUUCAAAAUCAAAGGAAAAUAUAUUGAUUUCUCAU